GGCUGUGGACGGGACACGUUCCCUCAGCUUCAGUCCUUUCACUGGAAACUCAGAAUUCAAACUCAGAGGAACUCGCCAUCAAGGGAUCCUGGCACCCCACGGGAUUGUCUUGACCACUGGGCUUCUAUCUUCAGGAUUAAUCGCCUCGGGUCCCAUUCUUCAGUAUCCAGCACAGUGGACACUUGGUGUGGAGAAAGCGAGGAGUGGAGUGACAACUGACUGACCCUCAUCUGGACCAAGCUGACUGGAUACUGUUGUAGAGUGGGCUCAUUCUCUCUUGUAUGUGGGGAUCUAACACGUGUGUCCAGCCACCUCCAGAUAGGCCCACUGUUGAGCCCAGUGUUGAGGGGAGGCUGUCCAUGCCCUUGUCCAGACACCAAGGCCUGCUGACCGUAGCAUCUCUAUAUCUAGAUUCAUCAACUUAUACGUGUAUUAGUGUGUAAGUGAUGGGUGCGGCCUUUAAGAGGUUCUGCGCUCGUUAUUGCUGCUGCUGUUGCUGUGCUGAGGAGGAGGAGGAGGAAGAUGAGAAGAGACCCAUACUUGGGAAUGAGACGCUGGAGUACUUCAAUCGUGAGGCCCAGAAGAGGCGAGACCAGGAGACCAACCUGUGGAGUGAGCCUGGAGACCCCUCCCACUCUGAGAGAGAUGACGAUCGAGUACUUCACAACCUGCUGCAGAAGAGAGCAAAGACACGCACAGGCUCAACGGGCUACCGUCGUCUGAGCGUGGACAUCGAGGCCAUGAGGGAUUUCAGACGCGAGGUGCGGGACAAGUGGAAGAUGCUCCUGGAAAACCUGGGUUUCAUGGCAGAGGCGGAGUCUUUGCUGACCGUGUCAGCGGGCGCGUCGCUAGACCGCAUGCGUAACGCCCCGCGCUCCCGCGCCCUGCUGCAGACCCUCGCCUCCGAGACCUCCAUCUUCAGCAGCAAGGAGCCUCCGCCCGAGAGAUACCUCUUCAUACUGGACCGUUUGAUCUACCUGGACGCCGCGGAUGACUUUGUGGCCAAGGCUCGCCGCUUCUACCCUCCCAAAGACAGCGACGAGGAGGAAGAGGGGUCAGGGCUGUCCAUCAACCUCCCGCUGCUGCUCGCCAGACUCGGACAAGGGCGAGGCGAGGACGACGAAGUGGACGGAGAGGAAGGGAGCGGGCGGGACCAGGACGACGAUUGAGUACGAGGAAGAGGAAGGGAGGGGUGGGGAAGGAGUGUGAGGGGAGAGGAGAGAGCUUACGGGAGGUGCAUUAUGGAGCGCAUGUCAAGUGAAGAGAUCGUAUGUGAUGUUUUAAACACCCUAAACCCGCAUUGCUGUUCUAGUUACCUCAGAAUUGCCCAGAUAGACCAGUUCACUUUUUACCUUGACAUGAAUUAUGAAGAGUAUCCUGAACAUUCUAGAUAGUUUGACCUGAUCUCAAAAUGAAAGUCUAGGGAUUAAAUCAAUAUGUUAUCUGUGGAACCCGGCGCCUGCAGCAACAUGUAGUGUGUGUUUGGCCAGACGACUCCUGCUUCCAUGGCACGGAGCGCUGUUGAGCCUCCAGAGGGGCAGUGCAGCGGGCGCUGGUGUUGGGAAGACUCGGAGUGCUCGACUGCAGCGCUUCAGGCCCAAAGUGUCCCCUCCUAAACAGCAGGACCAUCUCAUGAUCCCCACACCGUCCCUCACAGUCACUAAUUAAACAUUCAUGUGUCUUAGAGCAGAAACACAAACAGCCUUGCCUGAGAGAGAGAGAGAGAGAGAGAGAGAGAGCAAGAGAGGGACUGUGGAAGUGUGUGAUGAAAUGAUUAGGCAAGUCUAAGAAA